GGCGCUGCUCUGACCGCCAGCAGAAGGCAUUUACUCUUUCCUACCUGAAUGGACUCCACACAUUAGGCUGAUCUUUUUGUGUGCCUUGUUACAAAAAACAUUCUUCGCGACACAAUGGGGAAAGUACUGCGAAAUUAGGAGACAGUGUUAUUCAAUGCUCUGUUAUAGGAAAGAACCUUUGCGGAAUAAAUGGAGUCUUGGAGACAGCUCUCGGACUAUAUGCAGUGGCCACCAUGAAGUCUGAAGGAUAGGAGUAAAUAUAUACAUUUGUACACUGGCACAUUGUAAAGGGGAUUCAUUAAACUUCACCCUGAGAAGUUUCAGCGCCAGGGUGAAAGAUGCUAAAGAAGAAGAUCAUAUGUCAAGUGUAGACUGCUGAGGUCUCCAGCGCAUCCCGAGAAGGAUCUUAAAAAUUGUACAGAACUUCAAGAUGAGUGAUACUUCUGAAGUAAUUCCAAAUUUUGAAGACAUGUUUGCAAGCAGAUUCACGAAAGAUGGCAAAGAAUACCAGGAAUACUUGAAACGCCCUCCUGAGUCCCCUCCAAUUGUUGAGGAAUGGAAUAGCAGAGCUGGUGGUAACCAAAGAAAUAGAGGCAACUGGCUGCAAGACAACAGACAAUUUAGAGGUAGGGAUAACAGACAAGGAUGGCCAACUGACAACCGGUCAAAUCAGUGGCAUGGAUGGACAUGGGGUAACAACAACUACCCACAGCAGAGACCAGAGCCCUACUAUCAACAAUAGUACACACAGUAUGGCCACAACCAGCGGCCUCCAUAUGGUUACUACUGACAGAAAUGUCAGCAGCUUUUAACAAAGACCUUUUAUUUUGACAACGUGCUAAAUGCUUGUGUGUCUUCUGUUGGUCAUAGUUUUUCAUUCUAUUUUAAAGAAUGGGUUAUUAAUUGAUUAGAACUUGAGACUUGGAAAAAAGUAAUCUUAUUAUAAACCUGAUGAUUGAUGGGAAUAAAUUUACUGAGUGAGGAUUAUUUGACUUAUCUUACAUACUGUUUUGUUCUAUGAUUUGGUAGUGUUUUGAGUUUUCCUUAUUUGGACUCUAGGGAUUCUGUAUCACAGAAAUAAAAAUUUUUAAUUAAAAUGCUGGCUUUUGCUGUAUGAAAGAAUAGCAUGCUCACAUGUGCUCGCCUCUGAAGUGUUUCAGAGGCUAGGACUGUCAGUCUGUGAAAACACACCCAUAAUUACUUACAGUAAUUGAACAGCAGUUCAGUUGAAAGGUAAAACAGGUAUGUCGCUUCUGUGUUUGUAUGUGAUCAUGGUGUCUUGUGGUUUAUAAGUGAGUCAGCUCCAGAACUGCUUUGGUUCUAUGUGGAAGGACUCAUUUUCUGUGCAGCCUCCUGAGGCGGUAGAGGGUGGGAUGGUAGCACUCAACAUUUUGUAUAUCCCAAGGUUUUUGUAAACUUACAACAAGGAAGACAUGGAUGUACGCUGUAACACAAUACUCAUGUAAAUAUUGUUGCAUUUUGAUUGGUUUGGUAUUAUGUAUUGAUUUUUAUGAGAUUAUUUUCAUUUUCAAAUGCUUACCUUUGAUGCUUCCUCUUACAGCUAUAGUAAGGCUGUCACUUGCUUCAGAACAAUCAUUCUUGAAAUAUUUUCAUAACAGAUUUAUUCAAAUAAAAAAAUUUAAAGUCCUUAG